CUAUAGAACACGGGAUUGUGUUAGAACUGGAUUUUUUUCGAGCACGGAGCGAGAUGCAGCGUAGUAGAGUCGGUGUCUUUAGUGCGGCAUUAAAUUAUCCCCCCUCCAACAUUGAGAAUCUGGGAAGACGGGGCAGCAGGAGCGCAGCAGGAAUGCAGAAUGGAGGAAGAAACUUUUAAUGGCGCAGCGCAGGCGCAGCGAGCAAAGGGAGAGGAGCACAGCAUGGAUGGCACAGUUCGCUGAGGCAAAGGAGUGCACAGGCAUAGUAGCCACAGCGCAGCGGUGCUCAGCGUUUAUCGUAGAGAUGCUCCUCCUCCUUCCUUCCCUCCCCUCGGCUUCUCUCCUGUCCCCCACCUCUGCGCCUGCCAUACCAUUAAUACCUCCUCCAGUCCUCUCUCUCUCUCUCAGCAGAGGCAGAGGCAGCCAUCCAUCCCCUUCCGAGUUCCGCCCCACUCUUCCCCUCUCCAGCUUCCUCCUUUUUGCCCCCCUACCUUCCAACCAUCCAAGAAACCCACACAAGGCCAACCCACGCCCACGCCGCGCCGCGCCACGCCAAAAGGAGCCCAAGAAGCUGUGAUCCUGCUGCCCCGGAAGAAGCUGCGCAGCAGUACCAAGUAGUACGAACAAAUUGGACCGGGGUAGCGCUUACUUCCCGCUGCCCGGUGGCAGCAGCAGAAACUCGGCCAUGGAGGGGGAAGCGGUGCCCAAGAACGAGAGGAAGGCCGGCGGCGGCGGCGGCGGAGGCGUUAGCAAUGACGGUGGCGCGAGCGCGAAUGCGAGGAGGAGGUGGAAGGGCGGAGGCGGCAGGCAUCACCCGAUCAUCCAGGCCUACCCGGCGCUCCUGCCGUUGCCGCUACACGCGCGUCGCAACGGCAUCAUCGCGCUGCCGCUGCCGCCGCCCGUGCUGGUCUACUUGCACCAGCCGCCGCCGCCGCCGCUGCUGUUCCCCAAGGUGCCGGCGUGCUACGGGAAGCCCACCGGCCCCCCGCUGCUUAGGGGGCCGCCGUGGAGAUCGAGGAAGCCGCCGCCGCCGCCGCACGCCGUCACCGCCGCGCUGCUGCCGCUACCGCACGAUACCGAGCUGAUUCAGCACAAGUGCUUCAUUCACGAGAACCAAACAUCAGAAACGAAGCCAAAUCAUCUGAGCACCCAUCACAACUCAUCCACCACCGUGCAUGGAGUUACCGUUGCGACCAGACCAGACAGUGGCGGUGUUGGGGGGACUGCAAUUCCUCUCUACGCAAACCAUUUCCUCGUGCGUUUCGAUCCCGGGCAGAAGAUCUUUCAUUACGAUGUCGACAUAUCCCCGCACCCGUCAAAAGAAACGGCGAGAAUGAUCAAGAACAAGCUAGUUGAGGAAAACUCAAAUGUCCUCUCGGGCGCCCUUCCGGCCUUCGAUGGCCGCAAGAAUCUAUUUAGUCCCAUUGAGUUUCAACAGGACAGGCUUGAAUUCUUCGUUAGCCUUCCAGCAGCUGCAUCAACAAGGUUUAUAGCAGCUAAAGAGAAUGCCCACAUGGUUGACAGGCACAACCAUAAGGUUUUCAGGGUGAACCUUCGGUUGGUUUCGAAGCUGAGCGGCGAGGACUUGAACAAGUAUUUGAAUGAAGAGAAGGAUGGCAUUCCUCUUCCUCAAGACUACCUUCAUGCACUGGAUGUCAUCCUGAGGGAAGGCGCUAUGGAGAAAUCUAUUCCCAUAGGCCGGUCUUUGUAUUCGCGUUCCAUGGGAGAGGCGAAGGAGAUUGGUGGUGGAGCUGUCGUGUUACGAGGUUUCUUCCAGAGCUUGAGGCCAACGAAGCAAGGUCUUGCCCUCAAUGUUGACCUCUCGCUUACAGCGUUCCAUGAAAAUACGGGCAUAAUCGCAUACUUGCAGAAGCGCUGUGACUUUAUGAAGGACCUUUCGCAGGUGAAGACUAGGGCAUUGGCGGUAGAUGAGAGGAGGGAGGUGGAGAAAGCAUUGAAGAACAUCCGAGUUUUCGUGUGCCACCGUGAAACUGACCAAAGGUACCAUGUGCAUGGCCUGACCGAGGAGACAACGGAGAACCUCAAGUUCCGAGACCGCAGCGGCAAGGAUUAUACGGUGGUAGAUUACUUCAAAGAGCACUACAACCAUGAUAUUAAAUUCAGGAACCUGCCCUGCCUGCAGAUUGGUAAGAGCAAGCCAUGCUAUGUGCCAAUGGAGCUUUGCGUGGUUUGCGAGGGCCAGAAGUUUCUUGGCAAGCUCUCAGAUGAACAGACCUCCAAAAUGCUCAGAAUGGGCUGCCAAAGGCCAAGCGAAAGAAAGGGAAUCAUAAAGGGUGUUGUUGAAGGAGCAUUUGCUACAAGAAGCAAUUCGUAUGCGGAUCAGUUCAACCUUGAAGUGUCCAAGGACAUGACUCAGCUAUUGGGGAGGGUCCUCUUGCCACCGAAACUGAAGCUCGGCAAGGGGGGGCGCAUCAAGGAUCUAACACCGGACAGGUUUGAUCGGCAAUGGAAUUUGAUGGACAGCCAUGUCGCCGAGGGUUCCAAGAUCAAGAGCUGGGCUUUGAUAAGCUUUGGUGGCAGCCCAGAGCAUCAGUCUUUCAUUCCAAAGUUUAUCAACCAUCUAGCAAGCCGCUGUGAGCAGCUUGGGAUCUUACUCAGCAAGAAAACAGUCGUCAGCCCAUUGUUCGAGCGGAUCCAAAUCCUGAACAACGUGGGCGUUCUGGAGAGCAGGCUGAAGAAAAUCCAGGAAGCUGCCUCCGGCAAUUUACAGCUGCUAAUCUGCGUCAUGGAGCGGAGGCACCGGGGCUAUGCUGAUCUGAAGCGUAUCGCAGAAACGUCCAUUGGCGUCUUGACGCAGUGCUGCCUGUAUUCCAACUUGAGCAAGCUAAGCUUCCAGUUCUUGGCCAACUUAGCGCUGAAGAUAAACGCGAAGCUUGGCGGAUGCAACGUCGCCCUCUACAACAGCUUGCCGUGCCAGAUUCCUAGGGUGUUUUCGGACGAGGAGCCAGCGAUGUUCAUGGGUGCCGACGUGACACACCCGCACCCCCUAGACGACUCGAGCCCGUCCGUGGUCGCCGUGGUCGCGAGCAUGAACUGGCCUUCGGCGAACAAGUACAUCUCCAGGAUGAGGUCGCAGACGCACCGCAAAGAGAUCAUCGAGCGCCUGGACGUGAUGACCGGCGAGCUGCUCGACGAGUUCGUGAAGGAAGUCGGCAAGCUCCCCAGCAGAAUCAUAUUCUUCAGGGACGGCGUCAGCGAGACGCUGUUCUACAAGGUGCUGACGGAGGAGCUGCAGGCGGUGCGGCUGGCGUGCUCGAGGCACCCGGGCUACAAGCCGGCGAUCACGUUCGUGGUGGUCCAGAAGAGGCAGCACACCAGGCUGUUCCACAGGGAGAAGAAUGGCGGCGGUGGCGGCGGCUCCACGCACUACGCCGACCAGAAUGUGCCGCCGGGGACGGUGGUGGACACCGUGAUCACGCAUCCGAGGGAGUUCGACUUCUACCUGUGCAGCCACUGGGGCACCAAGGGGACGACCAGGCCGACGCACUACCGCGUGCUGUGGGACGAGAACGGCUUCGGGUCCGACGAGAUGCAGCAGCUGAUACACAGCCUUUGCUACACGUUCGCCCGGUGCACCAAGCCCGUGUCCCUCGUCCCGCCGGCGUACUACGCGCACCUGGCCGCGUACAGAGGACGGCUGUACCUUGAGAGGUCGGACUCGGCGGCGACCGGCCGGACGACUCUGUACAGGGCGGCGCCAUUGCAGACUGCGCCGCUCCCUAAGCUCAGAGAUAGCGUGAAGGGGCUCAUGUUCUACUGCUGAUCUUAUGAUGAUUUUUAGUGGUGGUUAUGAAGGGGCCGGCGUUCUCUUUGCCCAUAUAUCGCGUGCGUUCUAUAUUCUGGUGUUGUAUUAUUUGGGAAUCAUGUAUAGUGUCUGUGGAGCGGCAUGUGCAAGACUGCGAGUCUGCGAUGCUCAUGAUACUUUGCUAGUGGCAUGCAAAAAAUUCCGAUCCCUAACUGUUAGGUGUACUAGAGUAUUGGUAGGGACCCGUGUGCAUGUAGGAUGGGGCCUCGCAUUUUGCACCGUGUGGGUAGGCACGCUGGCCUUGGAAUGCAAGACUAUUUGCCGUCUUCUUGCUA